AUGGCCCUGGCGCCUCUGCCGCGGAGCCUCGCAGCCUCGCAGCCUCGCAGCGCACCUCAUGACUGCAGUCCUACCCCGACGCUUGCUAUAAAUUAUCCUUCUCCCUCCGAGCUGGUCCUGUGCCACCCGGACACGGCGGGAUUCUUUUAUGACUUGUCAUCUGGACCGGCCCGUCCUGCAUUCUAUCGAUGCAAAUCAUCACCCCGUCGUCUCCCUCCUUCCUGUGUUCCCCUGCAAGCCCGCUAUGAUAACACUGCCCUCGUGCCCCCUGUUCUUUGA